GCGCAGAGCUACGGUCGGCCAUCCCAAACUCGCAAUGUGCUCUACCAAGAUUCUUGUCGCUUUCAGCGCAGCAGUUGGAUCGACUUUGGCUCGCACAGUGCCCGAGUAUGCGCAGAUCAUCAACCAAAAGAACUUUAAUGUCCUGCCAGUCGUUCCCGCGCCCUCCCAGGCGAAUGCGACAACCCUGUUCGUAUGGCCCGGCGUGACGGAAGAAUCGCUUCUCGCCAAGCCCUUCCACAUCUAUGACGACGAGUUCUACCAGGUCAUUGGCGACAACCCAUCUCUGACUACCAUCGCCACUUCACCGUCUGACCCCAUCUUCCACGAGGCCGUCACCUGGCACCCUGAUGCCGACGAAGUUUUCUUCGUUCAAAAUGCCGGUGCUCGUGCUGCGGGUACUGGACUGAACAAGUCUUCCAUUAUCCAAAAAAUCUCCCUUGCCGAUGCCGAGAAAGUGCGUCAAGGGACCCUGAAGGAGGUACCAAUUACCGUGGUCAACACGGCAAACCCGCAGAUCAUCAACCCCAACGGUGGUACCAACUACAAAGGGCAAAUCAUUUUUGCUGGUGAGGGUCAGGGAGACUGGGCGCCGUCAGCCCUUUAUGUCAUGAACCCUGCGCCACCCUACAACACGACGACCCUGCUCAACAACUACUUUGGCCGCCAGUUCAGCUCGCUUAAUGAUCUCGUCAUCCACCCUGUGAACGGCGAUCUCUACUUUACCGACACGCUGUACGGCUACCUCCAGGAUUUCCGGUUUUACCCCGGCAUCAGAGAGCAAGUGUACCGAUACAACUUCGACACUGGCGCUGUCACCGUUGUGGCUGAUGGUUUUGGCCACCCUAAUGGCAUUACCAUGUCCCCUGAUGGCAAGAAGGCAUACAUCACUGACACGGGAAUUGGCAACGCCUUUUUCGGCAUCAACACGACUGCGCCUGCAUCCAUCUACUCGUACGAUGUUGCCAUGGAUGGCACUUUGAGCAAUCGCCAGACGUUCGCUUUUAUUCCAUCUUUGUUCCCUGAUGGUGUCCACACUGACUCGGUGGGCCGUGUGUAUGCUGGUUGUGGCGAUGGCGUCUGGGUGUUCAACAGCGCGGCCAAACUCAUUGGCAAAAUUUACACCGGAAUGACGGCAGCCAACUUCAAGUUUACUGGAGACGGACGCAUGAUCAUCACUGGACAGACCAAGCUUUUCUACGCCACUUUGUACGCGUCUGGACCACCCAUACAAUAGACAUUGUGUCCUUGGGAGUCAUUAAAAUAGUGCACUUUGUUAAAACUGUCAGCCGUAACUGCAUUCUGUUACAAACUACUAGAAUAUACGUAAAUAUAAUGUAAUGCUAUUAUACCG